CCCGCUCUAUUUCCGCGUUCAUAGUUUAGUUUCCGCGAUAUGCGCUGCAUGAAUUAAACUUAAUAUACAACAGCAAGAUUUUUACAACUGCAGUCAUGUCAGACCGGAGUUCUUUCGAUACUAAUGUAGUGACUUUGACGAGGUUUCUGCUUGAAGAGGGCAGAAAAGCCAAAAGCACGGGCGAACUGACAACUCUUCUGAAUGCGAUGUGCACGGCUGUAAAAGCAAUCUCGAGCGCUGUCAGGAAAGCAGGUAUCGCGCACCUGUAUGGCAUUGCUGGAAGCACUAAUGUGACAGGUGACCAGGUUAAGAAGCUGGACAUUCUUUCCAAUGACCUUGUCAUAAACAUGCUUAAAUCCUCCUUCACUUCAUGCGUUAUGGUCACAGAGGAGCAUGACAGUGCAAUCAUUGUGGAGCCUGAUAGAAGAGGUAAAUACGUGGUUUGCUUUGACCCUCUUGAUGGUUCAUCGAACAUUGAUUGCCUUGCUUCGAUUGGAACCAUCUUUGCCAUCUACAGAAAGUGCACAGACAGUGAGCCGUCUGAGAAGGAUGCCAUGCAACCUGGUAGAAACAUAGUGGCUGCUGGAUACGCACUGUAUGGCAGUGCCACCAUGAUUGUUCUCUCCACUGGACAGGGAGUGAACUGCUUCAUGUUAGAUCCAGCCAUCGGGGAGUUCAUUCUAGUGGACCGAGAUGUGAAGAUAAAGAAAAAAGGAAAGAUCUACAGUCUGAAUGAAGGUUAUGCCCUUUAUUUUGAUCCUGCAGUCACAGAGUACCUACAGAAGAAAAAGUUCCCGGAGGAUGGCAGCGCACCCUAUGGAGCCCGUUAUGUAGGAUCUAUGGUGGCAGAUGUGCAUCGAACUCUUGUUUAUGGAGGAAUCUUCCUUUACCCAGCAAAUGUGAAGAGCCCCAAAGGAAAGCUCCGAUUGCUCUAUGAGUGCAACCCCAUGGCCUUCAUCAUGGAGCAGGCUGGAGGAAUGGCCACCACAGGGACCAUGAACAUCCUGGACAUCCAGCCAGAGAGCAUCCAUCAGCGUGUACCUGUGGUGAUGGGUUCCCCUGAUGAUGUUCAGGAGUACAUCUCCAUCUUUCAGAAACAUCAUAAAUGAAGACCAACAUUCAGAAUAUACACUCAGACUCCUUAUAAUAAAAAUAAAGAGAGAUAAAAUACUUGACACUCCAGAAUAAUAUGCAAAAAUAUAUUCUUACUUUCAAAAUACUGUACCUCUAUCAUGGUGAUCAAAUAACUACACCUAAAACCAAAUGUUUCUAUUCACUAAAUGCCUUAAUGAAGAACAGUUUUGAGGGCGUGGGAUAAGCACAUUAUGUUUUUUUACUCUAAAACUGGUCUUAAUCUUUGUUGAAUCUGUGGUCUUGAAAUUGGAAUUAACAUAGCAUAGUUUUGAGAAGGUUGCGCUUUAGAAAAACAGUAUUUCCUGCAUCAGUUCAGAUAAUCCCUGUGAAUGUGGCAGCUUGAACUCUUGCUGAUCAAAAGACAAACAUGUGUUAUUGACAGUAAUGGACAUUAUUUGAAUUUAAGCUGAUCUUUUUUUCUGUCUGUCCAUACAAAUAAUGACUAAAGCCUUUUUUGCACCCUUUUGAAUAAAGUUUUUGACCAAAUGAGACUGUGCUUGUGUUUG